AUCCAUAAUAGCGGUUAUUAAAUAUACACUUUUAAGAAAAAGUGCACUUUCGUUAAUUCGGGAUACAUUUGGGGAAGAUGUCGUCAUAACAAUGUCAUUGAAUUAAGGGUGAUAUGAUAAAAAUAGGCUGUGCCGCAGUAACGCUGCAGCCAAGGGCUUCACACCGGAAGCGCCAAAUAUGGUCAGGACACGCUGCUCUCUGAUUGGCUGUUCACAUUAGCGACAGGGUUGUUGCUGGAGCGCUUUGAGUGGGAGAUCCAUCAUUGUAAUUGACAAGAGAUGCGAGAAAAUCAUACUUUUAAUAGCAAGGGCGCGGUUGAACUCUUAAAACAAUCCUGUCAUUGUUAUCACAGCGUGUUUUGCAUUUUCUCCUAAUUAAUCCUCCAGUCUGUGUUUCUAAAUAGCCUACACAUUCUUUCACUGAUGAUGUAAAACGCACAAAUACUAUUCUGAAUAUGUUUUAUAUAUGUAACGAUCGAGGAUAUUUAGCUGUACAUCUUUGUAAUAUGCAAAUUAUAUCAUAAAACACAGGCCGCAAACAAAGCACGUAAAAUGACGUAUAUUAUUCAUUCACGUGAAUGCUUAUACAUGAACACCUGCUGCCUACCCACUGCGGUUUCACAUAGCAUGGCACCUUAUUAGAUUGCAUACAAUAGAAAAAAUGUUGAAUGAAUGCGCCUCGUUUAGUGUCAGGGGUAUUUGUGAAAUGCAGCAUAGGCUACUUGGCUCGUGUUUACCGUCUCCCCUCCGGAUCAGUGGUACGGUCUCGUCUCACAGUUUUCAUUCAUAAAAAUCUGCCUCACUAUAAAAAGAAGCAGCGCUGAUGGCUGAUGCCUCCUAGCGUAGUAACCAAAAUCUAGAUAAAAAAAAAUAAAUACAACUGCAAACCUGCAUUUGGUGACAUUAGUCACACGUUAAUCUUGCUCUCGUCAUCUCCUGGCGUGGUCUGGCAGAAGUGAUGCCUAAAAACGUGUUCGCAUGUCGGAGUGUUUCUCAGGUGUCUGCAGAAGAAGAGCUGCACGCAUCAGCAUCUCACAUGAACGAUACGCAGAAGGCUGGUCUUCUUAAGGACGAGUGUUCAAAUGCAAAGGUAGAUGAUGGUCCCUUUGUUCCCACGGUCACUGCUGUAGCAUCAGCUCCAGACCUGAAGUGGAUGGUCCUGUCGACCGACAUCUCUUCAGUGUCACCCUGCAGCGCUGCGAGAGAUGAGAGACCUCAGAGCUCAUCUCGUUCCAAAGAUAACAAAGCUACUCGAAAGAUUUUUACUGGGAGGAGAAAAGGGGCAAAAGAACAGCUUUCUCCAGAAGAAGAGGAGAGAAAGAGGAUCAGGAGAGAGAGGAACAAACUUGCGGCUGCCAAGUGUCGAAAUCGUAGACGAGAAUUAACCGACAGCCUCCAAGCAGAAACCGAUAGUCUUGAAGAAGACAAAGCAGCUUUGCAGGCUGAGAUCGCCAGUCUGUUAAAAGAGAAACAAAGACUGGAACUCAUUCUUUCUUCUCACAAACCCCACUGUAAAAUCACAGAGGAGGCCCAAGAAGAAACAGAGGAGAAGAUCCAAGUGCAGGACGACCAGACACCCCCUCAAUCUCCCAACUCCACCCAAGAACCUAACCAGGUGCCCACCUCCCCUCAACAACCCGACCCCACCUGCACUGCGAUUUUUGGGGACUCUGAUGUCCUGCUGUGUUCCAGUGCAGAACUGGGUGCCGUUGAGGUGGAACCCUACAUCGAUAUGAGGGAUGUGUCCAUGGAGGACAUAAGCGAUGUGAUUGACAGCAGCGAUGACAUGGAUCUGUUAGUGCCGGAUAUCGAUCUCACAAGCUCUCUGGGUUUGAGCGAAUGGGAAACCUUGUACAUGUCCAUGGGCGGUGGGUUAGAACCCAUCACCUCUCCAACAUGUAGCCCCACCUGUAGCGGCAGCAACGUUGUGCCUGUUUUCAGCUUCAACAGUGCAGAUUUAGAGAAACAGGAGACUGGCAAAGAGGGCUUGAGCAAAACUGAUGCAGCUAAAGAAAUCUUGAUGAAUUAAUAAAGCUCACGUUGCAUUGUCAAUGAAAAGGAGUCGUGUUAUCCACGUGAAACACCUUACCCGAGCUAUUGAUGAACCAAAAACACAGUGUUGUCAAAAGUGGGUCGUGUUCUUCACAAAAUAUGGUGAAUGCUGUGUCAAAAUGUUUUAAAGACAUAUGAUGUAACGUGAUUCUUACAUCUAACAUAACAAAUUUGUUGCUUCCAGAUGUUGAAAGUAUUGUUGUUCAUCUUUUGAAAGACAUGCUUAUGAGUUCAUGCACUUUUGUACCUGUAGGUACGUGUAACUAUAUCAGGUGAUAUUGUGCUGUACUGUGCAGUGUUACACAGUAUGUACGUGUGUGACUAUCUGUUUGAAUACUAGCUUGUAUUUUGUGGUACUGUCAAAAAAUGUGAUUCUGAACGUGGUGGCAAAAUAUUAUGAAGUCCUUAACAUCAUGCAUACUGCUUAUCCUGCUUUGGUCUGGCAUGUCAUUUACAGAGAAUAUUAAAAUAAGUAAAUGUG